ACGAGGAUCCCUCUGUAGAAUUGGGGGACGCCGAGAACGUAAACAGGGCGAGCCGUCGCCGCGAUGAUCGUGAGAUGGUCGACAACACCAGAACCCGCUCCAUCAUUCCUGGCACCGGCACCGACCGCGACGACGCCCAGUCAGCCCUAGCCGGUGCACCACCGGGCCCUCUCCCUCCUUGGGCCGACUACCGUGAGCACGACCUCCUGGUUGUCGACAUUUACAGCUCCAUCUACGGAGACAGGCUCAGCCUUGACUUCUACCGUGUCCGCACGCAGAUCCCCAAUCACUGGACCGGCGGCUGGCAGACCUCGGCUUCGCAGUACCACGGUGAACCGAGGCCCUACACUCAUAACGCCUACUACCCUGCUCAUAACCACCCAGCGGGCCACGCGUAUGAGCAUCACGCGAACGAUGUUCACGCCGCAACCGACCGCGCUCACCACCAACACAUGUAUCCGCACCACCACUCCAGCUACCAGCACUAUCCCGAGGUGAGUCUUUGACGUGGAUAUGAGCCUAAAUACACACAUAUAUGCAUCACGUCUUUCACUUCUCUGUUCGUUCACCCUUCUGCCCAUCAUUCUUUACAUCUGCAUUCUAUGUACCACAUCUAUCCAGUCCCCGAGAGCAAGAUGGCCGCGAAACAGGAUAGGAGAGUAGCAAACAAGCGCCCACCUUCCCUCCCC